ACUGUUACUAGGGUUCACCACUUGUCAGUAUAUUACCCAUUCUGGUGGCUGAGAAUUAAAGUGAUUGGCAAAUAUCAAGGGAUAAUCAAGGUAAACAGUGAAGAUGGUUCCUCUUGGCUGUCCACUGUGCUGCAGGCAAGACUUUGUGUCUGUUGGGGCACUACACGACCACCUCCUGUAUUACACGUACCGGCCUCUCCAAUGUGCGGUCUGUAGUGCUCAUGUUGGAGGGAUCCAGGACUUCACCCGUCAUCUUGAGAUGCACAUGGGGGAUGGAAUGCCCACCUCACUACAUGCUCAUGCAGUCAAGCCCAGUGUACCAGUUUUAGAAGAUUCCCGGUCAGAAGUCCAGAUUGAGGUUCAAGGCAGGACACAAGGUAGAGUAGGAAGCAGAGAUGGUUCCAGUUCCUACCUAUGCAGUCAACUUAUCAACAAUGACCAGACAAAUAUAACAAGAAGCUAUCCCACCAAUGAAGAAUCAAUUGAACUUAUAUUACGUGCUUACUUUUGCCAGACUUGUGGGGCAAAAGUUGUAGGUAAAGAUGCUUAUUUUCUUCAUAUCAGAGAGCAUAGUAUUGUGCCAAGCAAUAACAACUCUCUCACUUUGUCGGCCACUGUUGGAUCUUGUCCAGAAGUUUCAUCACCAGCACUUAGCUCCCACUUGGCUAGUGAUGCUUCCACUCCAGGCAACUUUAUGACUGACACAGAGACUCUUCCUGUCAACGAGUCUGAAGAACCCUCAGAGUGUCUGUCAGACUUUAUUGAGGAAAAUGAUAUGGCUAAUCAGCUAAAGAUACGUGAAUGGCAACUGGAGAAACUGGGAAAAAACAUCAAGAGACAUAAAUUUCUUUUUGGUAGAUCCACAGGGCUAUCAGAGCAGAGCCCAAUGGGUGGAAAAUUAAGAAAUGAUUAUAGUCCAGUAACUCCUAGUUCUGUAGAAAUAGCACCAAUAAGUGAAAGUAGUUGUUCUCCAUAUGCUAGUAUGCAAUCAGAUAACACUUAUUUAUAUUCUGUUGAAAGACAUGAUUCUUGUCCCCCUUCAUCAUCAGUUUGUGCAGAUCAAGGUCUUGCAGAACGAUCUGAUACAUAUAACUCUUUCCCUCUGGUAAAUAGAGAAUCACUUACUACAGACCCCUGCUCUGUAGGAAGGCCUGAUUCUAGUGUACCUUCAAUAGUAACAGAUGAUGGAUCAAUUAACAUGUAUCCAUGUUCUGUGGAAACGCCCCUCUCAUGUAACACUCUUACAUCUACAGAUAAAGGAUUACUUACUACUUACUCAUAUACAGAAGGAGAACCUGAUUUGUUAUGUUCACAGAUGAAGUCAGGCAAUGGGUCCUUCAAUGAUGGUGGGCAGGUCUUAUCUUGGCUGGGGCCUAACACAGUGAUUAAUGAUGAAACAAAAUCAUCAAGUCAUCUUGUCACUGGGCCAUCCUCUAUUAUGAAGUCAGAUACUGAAGAAGUUGGAAAACAUCUCUCAGUCACAUUGUAGACCAUCACCAAGUAUAGAGAGAGAGGUACCAUUUUACAAGUACACUGACAUAUCCUCAGACAAAACUAGUGUUCACAAAGCAGUACAAAGUAGCCCAAUUCAUCCAGGUACACUAGAUAGUUUGGUUGAUGCCUCUAACUGUGAUAGUCCUCCUCAGCUUGACAAUUUAAACUCAACAGUUUUGCUUCAUCUUCGUGGAUUUCACCACACCAAUAUGUACAAGAACUGGAGCUUCAACCUUUUUCAAAGCCUAGUUCAUCUUUCCCCGUUUCAAAUGAAGACACAUCAGAAUAUUCAGGAAAAGGAUCAGGAAAGUCCACAGAUAUUCAACAUUCUUCAUAUCAUAAAUCUUCAGGAUCACCUAGUCAGAGUACCAUGUCAGAAGGAUCUUGUAAUUACAUGGAAGCUAAAUUAAGUCAUUCAGUUUCUUUAAAGAAUAAUUUAGAAGAUUCAACAAAACUAAUAACAAAUUAUAUAUCAUAUGACAACCAAAUGCCUACAACCAGUUUGAGAGAGAGUGAUGCUAUUGUUGUAGCAUCAGAUAAAGUAAAGGAAACAGCAGUGUCUGAUCAAACAACAACAGAACAUGAAGGAAAUUAUGCAACAGAAAAUAAACAGUGCUCUAACACGAUGCCCAAGAAAUUACAGCAAUUGAAAUUGCUACCAGUUUGAACAACCUAGGCAGUGUGUCUACAAACUGUUUAGAUCAGGUAAACAACUCGCAAGAUAAUCAUGGUAGUGAUAGUUUACCAGCUCAUUCUCUUGAUGCAAAGCCAUACUUUCAUAAAAAAUUCCACCAUGAUCAGGAGAGAAAAGUUCUUGGUCAGAGUGCAGAUGUAAACCGAUACAUUCACAGCUUUCAGUCUCUCUUGGUGAACAAAUUGAAUGGCACUCUUAGUGCAGAUAUCCCAUUUGGAUCCACUGGAAUUAGUUCAGAUCUGAGUUCAAAUAAGAAACAAGAGGAUGCAUCAUUUAGCCAACCUUCAAAAGUGCAACAACAGCUUCAGUUAAAGGAACAUGUGUGCCAAGUGUGCAGUUUAAAAUGUGCUAGUCGAUCAACUUAUAAAUCUCAUUAUAAAACACAUGAAGCAGAAGGUCAAAAGAACUUUACAUGUCAGUUUUAGGACAAAAUUUUUUCAAGAAAUCUUCAAAGGAUCUUCAUGAGAGGAAACACACAGGGAAAAAAAUUCACCGUUUGGUGAUUGUGGAAAGGUGUUUACAAAAUUGUUCAGGUACCUCCGACAUCAAAGAGAGGUUCAUGCUGUUAAAAAAUCAUUUAUUUGUGCAGAAUGCAGUAAAGCUUUUAGUACUGAAAGACGCUUGAAAGAGCAUAUUGGAGUCCACCAAAGGGAAAAAACUCAUAAGUGCCUUAUCUGCAAGCAUGCAUGCCACACUAUGAAAGGAUUAAGGACACAUAUAUUGGAAGUCCACUCUGAAACACAGAAGCUCAUGGCAUUCUUGUAAAGUUCAGGAGAAAAGUUUACCAAACAAUAUGGACUGAAACGCUAUAUGCAUCAGAAACAUGUAAAGCAACAACUGUCUUGUGAGAUAUGCUCCAAAGUUUUUUCAUGCAACGAGGAUCUACUUCAACAUAAAAAAAUUCAUACCAACAUAGAUACCUUAAGGUGUGAUCAUUGUGAAAAAACUUUUACCACCUCUUGGGCCCUCCAGAGACACUCAAAAUCACAUCAAGAAGCUACACAUCAGUUUAAGUGUGACAAAUGUUCUUUAAAUUUUACGAGAAAGGAUUCCUUAGUCUCUCAUUUAAAGAUUCAUGCCCAGAAGAGAUUGUUUAUCUGUCAUUGUGGAAAACGAUUUGUUAAGAAAAGUCAGUUAAAAGAACAUGAAGACAAGCAUAGCACAGUUCCAAAGUAUUCAUGCCGUAUGUGUAAACACUCAUUCAAAUUCAAAGUAUCAUUAAGAAAUCAUAGUUGUAAGAGUAAAGUGGCCACUAACACCACAGUAAGUGAAGAUCAAAGUUGAUUUAAAACAUAAAACUAGACAACUUUUUAUUUUUCCUUCCUCUCCUUACUGUGGAACAAAGCACUAUCUGAAUUCCUUUACUGUAUGUUAAUAAAAUUACUUUAUUUUGAUAAAAGACUCAUUAUGGAUUUUCUUUCAUCACUGGUCCAUACAUAACACCAUUCUUGAUAAAAUUAUUUUUCAGUGCUGUAUGGGAUAAAAACGGUUACCGUAAUUUCCCAUCCAGUUUGAUUUCUGUUAUGUAUAUUUGCUCAUUUUAUGUUAUGCCUUUAUGUUUCUCACUCAUUAUCAUAAACAUGAUAGUUUCACUCUUUCAAGCCCUUUUCUGCAAUAAUUUACUGUUGGAUGCUGUAAUCAACAAACUCUCCCCUCAUUUACCAUCACUCAUUCAUAGAUGUGUUGCCUUAUGCUAUUUUUCUUCCAAAAUUUAGGUUUAUAAUAAUACGCUAAAAUUGGUUGUGUCUCAUGUGGAUUGAGGCAGUGAGCCAGAACUGUGUCGCAGUCGCUGGCUCGCCACUCAGCCGCACUUCCCUCUCCCUGUGUGAUAUCACGGCAUACACAUGUCUCUGAGUCACCUGGGUUAUAAGUAAGUAUAGAGGGGGGGACCUGAAUACAGUAAACUUCCUUUAACCCAGACAUGUUUAAUCUGGAUCCUCUUGUAAACCAGAGUUGGGUCCAGCACUGGACACAAGUGUCCCCAACCUGGAAAACCACAACCAAAUUAUGGUUAGUAUGGGGGAAAGUUGGUGUAAGUGGGGGCUGCCACUGUGGUGGAGGUGGUUGUUGAGGAGCACCGAAGUAGUGUCUGAGAAAUAUAAAUAGUGUACAGUACAUACAGUCAAUGAAAUUAACAGUGAAAACAUAACCUCAACUCCACCUUUGGUAAGAAUACUCAAAGUUUUAUAAACUUUAAAAAUCUUUGAUAUAGGUUGCAACUUUUGUGAAGGAUGAACUUUUUCCAGAUCUGGUAAGAUCUUGUUUUGUGAUCUACAUCUUCAUAGUAUUAGGAUUUUUGUAGUGUAUCCUAUAAUACAUCAUCAUCAUCAUCGUUGUUUUAUGGCCACUUUCCACAGUUCUCCAUGCUGCAUAGUUUUUUGCAGUCUCUCUGGUCUGGUUCCAAACUCUAAUGUUAUAGGUAAAACAUGGUGUAUGUGUGGAAGUCUACUUGGCCAAGAAAUAAAAUAGUGUGUUUUAUCUGUUAUAUUUUUUAGGUUAUUAAUCUUUAAAAAUGAUAAGAUACAUUAUGUACACAUAUUAUGGAAAGUACAAAGCUGUUGUAAUAUGAAUAUUACAGUUUAGUUCAGUUGAGGAAAAUGUGUUCAUUGUUAAGUUUAUACAGUACAUGAUAUUUACAUAGAUGUGUAUGAUCAUGCGAUAGUUUAUCAAUAAAUUGAUUUUUUAUUUU